GCAACACUUUUCGAGACAAUGGAGUCUCUUCGCCAUCAGCGCUUGCAGCCCGGUAUCGGAUACGGAGCGAGCGCGACCGGGACUCUCCGUUCCCUGCGGCCCGGUGUUACCGGUACCCUUUCCUCGGCGCAGGGUUCACACGUCUCGGUGUCUGCCUCACCGGGGCCGCCACCACCUCCGCCGCCACUUCAGCUCCACAGCCUCGGGUCCAGUUUUAUGGGCAGCGGGUUCGGGUCGGUGGACAUGGCGGCGGGUCUGGGUCUGUCCAACCCCACUAACCCGGCGGUUCUGAGGGAGGCUGUGGACGCCGUGGUGCGGAGCUUCGCCAAACACACGCAGGGAUACGGCAGGGUGAACGUUGUGGAGGCUCUGCAGGAGUUCUGGCAGAUGAAGCAGUCCCGAGGCGCUGACCUGAGGAACGGAGCUCUCGUGGUAUAUGAAAUGGUCCCGUCCAACAACCCUCCAUACGUCUGCUACGUCAGUCUCCCCGGCGGCAGCUGCUUCGGCAGUUUUCAGUUCUGCCCGACUAAAGCUGAGGCGAGACGCAGCGCAGCCAAAAUCGCCCUGAUGAACUCUGUUUUCAAUGAGCAUCCGUCAAGACGCAUCACUGAUGAUUUCAUAGAGAAGAGCGUGUGUGAGGCGCUGGCUUCUUUUAACGGUAACAGAGAGGAAGCUGAUAAUCCAAGUACAGGCAUCGGUGCUUUUCGGUUCAUGUUAGAGUCUAAUAAGGGGAAAUCAAUGCUAGAGUUCCAGGAACUGAUGACAGUUUUCCAGCUUCUCCAUUGGAAUGGAAGCCUCAAAGCCAUGAGAGAAAGACAGUGUUCCCGUCAGGAAGUUCUGGCUCAUUACUCCCACCGAGCGCUGGACGACGACAUGCGCACACAGAUGGCCGCCGACUGGGUGAGUCGAGAGCACACUUUAUCCGGGACCAUCAAUCGAGAGAUGGCAGCGACGGAGCGUGAGCUGGAGGAGGCGCGUCUAGCAGGACGAGAGCUGCGCUUCUAUAAGGAGAAGAAAGACAUUCUGCUGAUGGCGGUGGGGCAGUUAGGUGGGUCCAACACUACAACCCUGCCCUGCACAUGCUGAAGAGUCCGAAAACGCGGCCUAUGAUUGUACAAGACAGCCCUCCAAAACUCAAUCUGUCUUUUAUAUAUGUGUGCGUAUGUGUGUGUUUGUGUGUAAGAGUCAGCAUUUUGAAUUAUUACGCAGGCAAAAACCAUGAAGAUGAAUGAUAUUUGUUUGUUUGAGAUCUGAAUAUGUAAGGAGUUUUGAACUUGAAUCUGAAUCAAGUGCUAUAUUUCUAUUAUUACUAUACCAGUAUUAUCCUCCAGUGUUAUCAGUUGACUGUACUGGCACAUGGACCUGCUCUAGCUAUGUUGCCAUCCAUGUAUUUCCGAAUAAUUCUAGAUGAUGAGCAUAAAAAAAAAAAAGAUUUCAGAUUCUGAGUCAGAUACUUUUAUAUAAAGUUGAGGUCAGAAUUAUUAGCCUCCUGUGAAUAUUAUGUUUAACAGAGCAAGGACAUCUUAACAGUAUUUCCUAUAAUAUUUUUUCUUCUGGAGAAGGCUUAUUUGCUUUAUUUCAACUAGAAUAAAGUUUUUUUUUUUUGCAAAACAAUUUUAAGGUCGAAAUUAUUAGCUCCCUUAAUAUAUAUCCAAUAUGUUUCCCAGAGAUGGGUUGCGCCUGGAAGGGCAUCCACUUGCUGGAUAAGUUGGCGGUUCAUUCCGCUGUGGCGACCCCGGAUUAAUAAAGGGACUAAACCGACAAGAAAAUGAAUGAAUGAAUGAAUAUAUCCAAUAUAUUUUUUAGAUUGUUUCCAGAACAAACCAUCAUUAUACAAUACUACUUUAACAUGCCUACUUUAAUUAUUAAGCCUUUAAAUGUCUAUUUAAGUUAAAUACUAGUUCCUUGAAAUAUAUCUAGCAAAAUAUUACGUACUGUCAACAUGGCAAAGAUAUAAGAAAUCAGUUAUUAAAUUACUAUGUUUAGAAAUGUGUUGAAAAACAGAAAUUAAGAGGAAAAAAUAUACAGAGCGGCUAAUACUUCAGGAGGGCUAAUAAUUCUGACUUUAACUGUAUACACAAGCAGUUAUCGCAUAUAAUGGCAUCCACUAACAUUGACAAAAUUUUACAUUUGAGUGAAAAAGGCAAGGAGAAAAUCUUUUGUUAAAAAAAGAAGAUACUUGAGUUUUUAGAUAUUUUUUUGGCCGUUUAAAAACUCAAAAUACAUUUCUUAUGCGAUAUUCUAAUUGUUCGAAGUUAAAUUACAAUUGCAAUUGUAAGUUAAAUACGCAGCUUUGGAUGGAAGCAUAGCUAAGUUGGAGAUUUGGGAAAAUCAAUUUUGAGGCCUUUUGAAAAUCUUGCAUUGUACUUAUCAUGAAUCCUGUUACACAUGAGCGAUGCGUUCUUUUGGGCACGUAUACACAACAUUUUCAACAAACAAGCUAAAAAACUUGUUCUAUUACACGACAAUUAGAUAUCAGGACCCUGAAAAUGCAAAUAUUUAAUAUAAACAGUUGUUUCCAGAGAUCUCCAUCUCGAUGUACAAACUAUAGCGAAAUUGACAUCAAGCUUGGCGCCAAAAAACACGUAAAAAAUGCUAAUCGUUUUGAUGCCCCCUUGACGAUCUGACAAAUUUGACAAAAUACAAUAGACACAAAGCGUAUAUAAUAUAAUAUAUGCUUCACUUCCAAAUUUACACUGAGUUUUGUAUUCCUAAAAUUUAUGUAAACUACUUUGACGUCAUGUAUGACGUAAUUUUUGAUGCCAAUGCUACGUCAAUUUGAUUUUGUUUUGGCAUCAAAGUAGUCAACUGACAUCAAUUCGGAUUGCAUUUUUAGAUUUUUUAUGAUGUUGUUUCGACAUCAAAGUGCCCGUUGGGGUACCGUAGUUAAAACACUUACAUUAUUAUCAUGUGUAUUACUUGUUCAGUGUUUUCAGUAUGUCAGUAGGAUUUGGUCAGAUACCCAUAUGUGCAGCCCUGAUGGAGAUACUUGGAUGUAAACAUCAGCAUUGGAUUACAUGGUAAUCUUCUCCCGUAUACAGUAUUCUGCUUAUUUAUGUUGCCGAACCACCUGAAAAAUGUGUGUAAGCUUCGAAAUUACAUAGAGAACGACUUAGCAAGCAGGAAAAGGUGACAUAUUUGUGACUAACUAAAUUUAAAAGGCUAAUUUCUGCUUGAUUUGUUGAAACUUUUGUCAGUGUUUAGUACUCGAAAUGUUUUUUCUGGUCUGAUGGAUUAGUACAUGCCAAAACAUGACAAUAGUCACUUUCCGCAGCAGUAAUCAACCAUAUGUGCGCGUUUCGUUCAGUCCAGUUGCGUUGUUUACAUUUAGCUCUCCAAUAUGGCUGACUGAUGACGCGUCAUGAAAACACUCCAUAGGAAUGUGCGACAAUUUAACAACAAUAACAACAGUUAUAUACUACAGAACAGUAGGGGCGCAGUGACAACGCCAUCUACUGGCCUGGGAUACAUAAUACAGCAAUUCAAGUCACUUGCGAGGGACAUUUUAACAAAAUUGUUGUUGUUUGUAUGCAAAAUCUUUCAAAAAAUCUAAUUAUAAGUAGAUUGGUGUUUUGUAAACGUACAUUGGAGAACUCGCAGCUCAUUCAUUUGUGUGUGCGGUCACAGCAAUACAGUACAUCUUAAUACUCUGCAUGUAUAUUCACAAAAUAGCCUUGCUCAUUUAUUUGCUUUGAGUGGAUAUACACAGUGUUGCGUUUGUAAUGUAAAUCAUAAGUUUAAUUAUAUAAACACAUAUAUACGUAUCUAAACUUUUCCUGAAGAGCCAAUUUGCCUUAGCAUAAACUGUUUGCUAGGGGAAAGUAAUGUUUUGGUUUCACAAAGGUCAGAUUUUUAACACACUGUUCGAGAAAUCCCAGCACAGGAGGCCGAUUCCUCAAGCCUUUUUUAAUAUCGAAGAACUGAAGCUGUGCCCUCAUUAUAUUGCCUUCCGUUACUUUGCGAUUGUAGAGCCGUCGUGCUCGUUUCAAGGCUACAUUUUAUGUCUACCUCCACAUUGAGAGCUUUUGUGAACGUUUAUUAGCAUAUGCAAAUGCAAGUGCUGAUGGGAUUUGUGUUAAAGUGAGCAACGACAGCAUGACUCUCGUUGGUUUUCUAACUCAAAACGGUCCUUAUAGCCUGUUCUGUGCUUAUAAAUUACAGAAAAAUACAAUCAAAUAUUUUAUUAUGUAAUCCCAUUAUUAUUUCGUUAUCAUAAUUCGUUGUAUUGUAAUUGACUAUUACGUAUUACUGGGUGAAGUAAUGAUGUGAGCUUACUAAUGUGCUAUGUGUUUCAGUAUUAGGGGCCCAGACAGCAGUUUUCAUCAUUUAAAUUAAAGUCCUGGUAGUUUAUUGGCUGGUAUUAUUAAAAAUGUUAAUAUAGACAGACAACAUUACAGUACUUACCAUGACAGGAAUACGAAAGUUUAUUUUAAUACUCCAGAAAAAAAUUGUCUGAUCAUCUGAAGCCCCCUUUAUUUAUUUAUGCAGACCAUGAAUUUUGUGAAUACAUUUUGUGAUGAACGGGCAAUUACUAACAGUACUAUUUGCGGUCAAUAUUAUAUUAUAUUUUCAAUGUAAUAAUUGUCUUGUUUUCUUUAUUUUUUUACCUUUGUAUUUUUGAUUGUGUAAUUUGUCUUCUGAAUCCAUCCUGUUUCACUGAAGUGUAUUGACAUGUAAAUUGCAUAUACAUCGCAUAUUAUAUUGCGUAUAAUUUUGUACAAUUUACUACAAUUUCUCUGCUGUUUUCUUUUUUUUUACGCUUUUGUUUACCAAAUUUAUUUUUCAAUUAAUACUCGAGGUAGUGAGAUUGAAUCAGUGCAUGUGAACACAUUUUAUACACUUUCUGUUUGUUUUGUAUGACUAGUUUAAUGUCCAUUUGACAUGUUUUAUAAGAUUUGGAUGCAUAGCCAAUUUUUGUUGAUUUAUAUUCUUUACAAAUCAAUAAAAAGCCUUUUCAUAA